AACGUGCUGGAGACGGGCCUCAUCGUGCCCCUGUACGUCGUCAUCUUCAUCCUCUCCGUGGUGGGCAACUCGCUGGUGCUGGUCACGCUCGCCCAGCGCAAGCGCAUGCGCACCGUCACCAACGUGUACCUCCUCAACCUGGCGGUGUCCGACCUGCUGCUCGGCGUCUUCUGCAUGCCCUUCACCCUGUUGGGACAGCUGCUCAAGAACUUCGUGUUCGGCGCCGCCAUGUGCAAGCUAAUCCCCUAUUUUCAAGCUGUGUCGGUGUCCGUGGGCGUGUGGACGCUGGUGGCCAUCUCGCUGGAGCGCUACUUCGCCAUCUGCCGGCCGCUCAAGUCACGCCGCUGGCAGACCCAGUUCCACGCCUACAAGAUGAUCGCCGUGGUGUGGACGGCGUCCUGCCUGUGGAACGCCCCCAUCCUGGUCGUGUCGCGGCUCAAGGCCAUGCAGAAUACGGGGCGACACAAGUGUCGCGAGGAGUGGAGCUCGCUGGGGUCGGAGCGCAUCUACAACCUGUUCCUGGACGCCAUGCUGCUGCUCGUGCCGCUGCUCAUCAUGAGCCUCGCCUACCUGCUCAUCGUGUCCAAGCUGUGGCGCGGCCUGCGCCGGGAAAUACGGCACUCUUCGUCCUGCAAGCAGCCGGUGGCCAUGGCGCUGGGCGUGCCCUCGCCCGUGUCCGCGGACGUGAUGGACCACAUGCUGCCCCUGCACUCGCACGCCAACGGCGGCGCCGCGACGCGCGCACGGCGCACGGGCAGCCCGGCCGGCGCCUCAGGCGUGCUGCGGCCGCCCACCAACGGCACCACCCUGGCCGACCCCAGCCAGCUGCAGCGUCAACUGCACCAGCUGCAGCACAUGCAUCUGCACACGCUAGAGCCCGAGUCCCCGCUGAUGCACGGGCAGGCGUGCAACCAGGCGCAGGACGGAGAGCCCCUGGCCUCCGCCGUGGGCGUGCCUGUGUGCCCACUCGCCAGGCACGCCAUCCGCUCCAACUACAUGGACAAGAGCAUCGAGGCCAAGAAGAAGGUGAUCCGCAUGCUGUUCGUCGUGGUGGCCGAGUUCUUCGUCUGCUGGGCGCCCCUGCACGUGCUCAACACGUGGUACCUCUUCAACCCCGAGCAGGUGUACGCCUGGGUCGGCUCCACCGGCGUGUCGCUGGUCCAGCUCAUGGCCUACGUCUCCUCGUGCUGCAACCCCAUCACGUACUGCUUCAUGAACAGAAAGUUCCGUCAGGCCUUCCUUGGGGUGUUCAACUGCCGCAGCGGCUGCUGCCCCGCGGCGUCCUGCCGAGGCGGCCCCCCGGCGUCGCGCGCCGGCCCCCAGCUGUCGCAACUGUCACAGCACUCGGACCAGUCGCCCAACGACUCCACCGUGUACGCCGGCCGCGGCUCCGCGGCCCGCUCCGGUGGGUUUGUCGUGGUCACAGGGCGAAACGGCACCAAGAUGGUGGAGCUAGAAGACGAGGCUCGUGUUUAGCAGCGACCACGGCGGGUCCGGCAGGUCCUCCCUCGGCGGCGUAGGUCAGGGCCUCUCCCCCGCCGUGGUCGAGGCCCCGGCAGAUAGCGACGACGAGGUCGGCUUUCGGCUGCGGAUCUCCUGGAAGCCUCGGCACCGCCCGACGUCCUCG